AUGGCGGAACCCACUACAAUAGAAACGACCGAAGCAAUUUCGAUGCAUGAUUUUCUCGAGUUUCUUAACGUAACAUGUCAAGUGAAUGAUUCCUUCAACAGUAGCAAGAAGAAUCCUUCAACUUUCGAUUACAACCAAUUGGCCCGCAACGAGCUGGUAAACAGCAUCCAGCAAAACCGCGCCGACGGAACGCCAGGGAAGGGCUCCGAUACUAGCUCCACCAUUUCUCCUGCGCGCCAAGCGGUACCGUUGGCUGCUGGUGGGAAAAAAGACUCCAAAGUGGAUGAUGGACCGUCUACGUCGUCCGGUACGCGCUCCACUUUGGACAAGAAAAUGACUCCAAAGAAGCGGGCGGUGUCGCAAAAAUCGCAGAAAAGCAAGCCCGAAGUAGUGGAGGUGCCGAAAAAUCGGCUCGAAAGCAUACUGAACGAAAAGCUGGACGAGGUGCUCAACGAGGGCAUACUGGACUCGGUAUUGCCAUUUAUCUGCCCAUCGAACGCAUCCAGCUACCAUCACAAGAGCGGCGCGGGUCAGAAAAUGAAUGGCACCAGUCCGCUCGGGGUGCAGACGGUAAAUGCGACCUCGGUAGGGGUUGGAUGUUCCGGUGGUAACAAGUCGGCCGCUAGUGGUGCCUCGACGCCCGACACGCAAAGCGGUAGCAGCGGCAAAAAGUCUACCCUUUCCGCCGUAGGGGAUGUAUCGCAGAAUUUCCUUAUCGCGAGCAGCUCCACAAAGACGGGUGUACGUCGGAAGUCUUCGAUUGCGCAGAUUGCUAUUCCGGACAGCCGGGCGGAGCCCGAAGUCAUCAUCCACGUUUGCGACGAAGUGAAGGGAUCGUCGAGGGACUUCUCCUGCCCGCAAAAGCUGCUGAUCACCAAAAUGGGCUACUUCGCCGAUGUGACGGCCGGCCAGCGGUUGGAAGAUAUGGACAUCUCGGUGCACUGUGACCUGCAGAUAUUCGAGUGGCUGAUGAAGUGGGUGAAGAAGGAAUCGAUGUCGCAGGACGACUGGCCGACGCUGGAUCCCACGAACGUGAUACCGAUACUGGUCUCGGCGAGCUUCCUGCAGAUGGAGCCACUGCUGCUCGAUUGUCUGUCGUUCUGCCACGCUCGACUUAACGAAGUCGUGAAGGCUUCCGCAAAUCUGGCCUGCCUGAACGAUAGCAUCAUCACGCGGCUGGCGGCCAUGUUCACCAACCUCGAGCUGGAGCUGGUGAAGGACAAGAAGGAUCGCAUCGCCCCGCGCCUGUGGACCAAACUCAUACAGAGCCUGUGCGAGAUUGAACCACAGGCCCUGCGGGGACACUAUGCGACGCUGGCGGGCAUGUUCCGGUGUCUGAAGUGUGGCAAGUUUCUGACACAAACGGUCAGCUCGUACAUACACUGCCUGCCGCAGAACAUUCGCCUCAACCGCUGGGGCCAGCUGAUCAGUGCGCAUGUGAAGGAUCCGUCCUGGAACAUUACCAACUACGUGUCGAGCCUGCACAAAGAGUUGCGCUCCUGGCGCAAGGUGUACUGGCGCCUCUGGGGUCACUGCCACUUUCUCUACUGCUCGAUCUGCGACACCCAUUUUCCGGUCAGCCAGAUGAUGUGGUGCCAGUAUCAUCCGGAACAGCCACAAUUCCUUGGUCCAGCGGCGGAAGGCCGGGUAGCAGGACCGGCCGGUCGGUAUCCUUGCUGCGGCAAGCAAGCCUACCGAUAUGAAACAUUACCCGGCCCGUCGGGUUGCCAAUUUCGAGAACAUACGGUACAGGUGGACACGGAUCGGGAUCGUGCGGUAUUGCAGCUCGCCCUGCACGCCUCCGAGGGUGGAUGCCUGUACGAAGCGUCGCCAUUCAAACCCCCGAAUACGUCCGCCGAACCGUGGUGGAACGGAAUCGGUAUCCUGCCGCACCGUUCCCGCCAGGGUCUGCUGCCAACGUUCCACGUGGACGGUGACGCUAUGGUGAACCACCACCAUCACCGCUCGAGUCGCCAGAUGUCACAGUCGCUGAUGGACACGGAGAGUGAGUCCGAUUCGGACGAGUACGACAAGUCCGGUACCAACCAGAGCCGCAGCACGAGCAGCAGCUCGGACGGCGAGGAGUCCGAGUACAGCAGUCCACCGUCGUUUCAGCAGCAGCAGCAGAAGGACGUCAAGCGCAAGCCGAAGCUAUCGUACGGCCGGCACUGGGCUGGUGAUAUGUCCGCUCGGAGCAACCAAGACAACCAGCGUGAGUUUGAGGAGCGAGCGAUGAAGCAAAUCAUUGCCAUGGUAGGUAAACGCACCGGAGGCGAGCAGAACCUGCAGUACCAGACGUACCAGCAGGGCGGCACCUACAUCAAGCUGGAGCUGGACUGGCGCGAGUCGAUCAAGCAGAAAAACCUUGCCAGUCUGAAGGCGAAAACGAACGGCACUAAAUGA